ACUUAUUUAUGUUCCUUUGCACAGGAGCAUGCCAAGUUCAUAGUCCAAAUCAGAUAGUGACUUUAUAUACAACUGUGUUCCAGGUGUCUCCAUUCUUAUCUGGAUUUGUUUUUCCAAAGCACUUCUAGAUCAAAAAGCUAUUCAGAUACCUGCAGUGAUGAGAUCAAAUUUUAGCCUCAUUAAUUCCAAUGAAACCUAGCAGAAGUUAUACAUGUGUGACCAAGCACCAAGAGAGAAUUAGCCCUUCGGAAGUUAGAGUGAUCAUCGUUUCAUCCAACGCCAUUGAAAUGCCACCGCCUCUGCCAUGGAGCUGAUAUAUAACUGCUGUCCACUGUACACAGCACUCACUGUGCUCUAGGACUCUGUUCAGAAGGGUUAGGGAUUUGGUUGUCUGAAUAAGAAGAAAAACAGUAGAAUAUGUUCAGAAAUGUCAUCUAUGAGAGCAAACACUCAAGAUGAGAAUGCUGUGAAACAUUUAUAUACAAGAAAUGGGCUGCUGAGUUCUGCUCUGAGAUUUGCCAGAGACUUAUAUGUGCUGAGAGUAUCUCAGGAUCUGGAAGUGUGGAUUUUCAGAAGAUGAAAUUCUGUGGAAAAAGAGAGAAUAUCUUUUAAGAUCUGGCCAGUAGAGUAGUGAACACUGACAGCAUGUUGUUUCGUCUCUUCUGAAUAAAUGAAGAAAGUUACUAUGAAAGCACAGCAUCUACCUUCUGUUUCCAUCAGUGAGGAGAAGUCUAUAACCAGAGAGCAGCUAAGUUCUCUGCUGAAGACAUAUAACUCUUAUUAUUCUGAUCAAGAAAACCUGCAGCUGUCAUAUAGUCAGACAGAAGGCAGCAAACCAUUUAUUGAAGGAAUCUUGUCAAUAUUUUGGGGAAUCCGACACCCUAUCCGAUUAAAAAUUCAGGACGAGAAACAGAUACCUUCUUUUGUUACCUUGAAAUCAACAGAGAAUGUGGGUUUGUUCACCAGUAAAAGGGGAAUGACACGCUGGGGAGAAUUUGAUAAUCUGCAUCAUAUUAGUGGGGAGACAUUGAAUUCUGCAGAAGAAAAGUCAAACUUGGAGAAAAGUUAUUCAUGUUAUGAAAGCAGCACUCUGAAGUCCAAGAGCAAGCAGGAACAUGACUCUGCUACCCUGCCCAGAGCCCUAAGCAAUGCUGCAGUGCUGAGGAAGAGGACUAAGUUCCCCAUGAUAGCAAGAACAGAAGUGGAAACUCACAGGUUUUCUAUUAAUGGCCAUUUCUACAACUACGAGACAUCAGUUUUCACUCCAGCUUUUGGAUCAGAAACGAAAAUAAGAAUAAACAGCCAUAUGAGAACAAGAGAAGUAAUAGAGCAAUUGCUUCGAAAGUUUAAGAUAGAAAACAGUCCACUUGAAUUUGCACUUUAUAUUAUCCAUGCAUCAGGAGAAAAGAAACAACUGAGGAGUGGAGACAUUCCCUUACUGCACAGACUCCUACAGGGGCCUUCAGAGAAGAUUGCCCAGUUUUUUCUCAUGGAUAGGAAUGCCGAGGAGGUCAGCAGUGAUGUUGCUCAGUAUAUUCAGUUUCAUCUUCCCUUUUUGGAAUCAAUUCUGCAUAGACUGAAUGAAGAAGAAGAACAGGAGAUUCAACAGACGAUUGCAAAGUAUCUUAAAGAGAAGAAUAUGAUAUGCCAGCACCUUCAUAGUCGAACUUUUAAAAAAACUGAGACUACUGUUUGAUAUGAAUGGCCUAUUGUGAAUACUACCCACGACCUGUGCCAAAAAACAGUCAGUAUAUUGUCUUGAUCCUUGAAAUAUUACAAAUGUGGCAUAACUGAAGAACACUUUAAGCACAAGGGCGUUUAAAUUUUUAAAGUUUCUUUUGAUUAUGCAACUGAGACUGAACCUACUUCAUUACAGCUCUGGAAUACAAACUGGGAACCACCUUAGAAGAUGCAUGAAAUUCUCCAAAUGGUAAAUAGUGAGUCCAACUCAAAAAGUUGACGGAAGGGGAAAAAAUCCUGUGAAAAGCACAAAGCUUUGAAACCUACUUAUUUGCAAGCCAUUGCCAGGUGUGUUCCAUAAAAUAAAAAUGUUGCAAUUAGCCAUGUGUUAAACAUAUCAACGAAAAGAACAGAAAGUACAUGGCUUUUCUUGUAUUAGAGAAACCUUGAAUUUAAUUAGAAAAAAGCUUUUUAGUAGAUUGAAGUGACAAAGGAUAUUUAGGUACCUAAGAUUGCAGUUAGGCUUUUCAGUUAACUUGAAAAAACACCUACACAAGCAAGGUGCCUGAAAUCCCACUGCUUUUAGAUUGGUCAUUACCUAACUCACAUAAGCUUUGAGUUACCACUUUAAAAAACUGAAAAUCUGCUUUAUAGCUACUAAACUCUUGAACAUAGCAGUGAAUUUCUCUCAAAUGCCUCUUAAACUGCAAAGUAGGAGCUCUUGUGAAAUAUUGUUGAAUCUGCUUGAUCAGUUUCUGGAUGACAUCUCAGCUAUUUUUGUUGUUGUUGUUGAAACGUAAGCUAUGACUUGCUCCUCUACGUGUUUUAUAUUUGAAGAUUGAAGUGAAAAGUGUUUGGUAAGAAAGAUUAAAGGACUGUAACCUUGAUCAUAGCCAUGAUGGGUCAUGUAGGGUUGGGGCUGGCAUCCUUUCCCCGUGAUCCUGGAGAUGCAGUUUUUGGACAGUCUACUGCCUCAGCACAGCACACCACAGUUAAUUUUGUGGUCCUGUCUGGUCAAGUCAUGCCAAGUAGAAAAGCUCAAGUUGCAGAGUUGUAAAUAAAAUUCAAGUCAUGCACAAACUGCCCUCCUA